UGGAGCCUGGCAGGGCGGGCGGGCCUGAAGCGCGUCCCCCGUGGGCUCCGGUGGUGCGGCUCGAGGCGGCUGCGGCGGGGAGGCGGGAGGCGCAGGGCUGCGGCGCACAGAGGCAGCAUGGCGUACCCCGGGCACCCUGGCGCCGGCGGCGGCUACUACGCAGGCGGGUAUGGAGGGGCUCCCGGAGGGCCUGCGUUUCCCGGACAAACUCAGGAUCCGCUGUAUGGUUACUUUGCUGCUGUAGCUGGACAGGAUGGACAAAUAGAUGCUGAUGAAUUGCAGAGAUGCCUGACACAGUCGGGCAUUGCUGGAGGAUACAAACUUUCACAGCUUCUUUGUACCUCAGAACACUUCCUCAAAGUCAUUGCUUUUAACCUGGAGACUUGCCGGCUUAUGGUUUCAAUGCUGGAUAGAGAUAUGUCAGGCACAAUGGGUUUCAGCGAGUUUAAAGAACUCUGGGCUGUACUAAACGGCUGGAGACAACACUUUAUCAGUUUUGACAGCGACAGGAGUGGAACAGUGGAUCCCCAGGAAUUGCAGAAGGCCCUGACAACAAUGGGAUUUAGGUUGAGUCCCCAGGCUGUGAAUUCAAUUGCAAAACGAUAUAGUACCAAUGGAAAGAUCACCUUCGAUGAUUACAUCGCCUGCUGCGUCAAGCUGCGAGCUCUAACAGACAGCUUUCGAAGACGGGAUACUGCUCAGCAAGGUGUUGUGAAUUUCCCGUAUGAUGAUUUCAUUCAGUGUGUCAUGAGUGUUUAAAUCAGCAGGAAGACCUAUGAAGAUAAUCCACAUUCAUUCCAACUGGAGUUCUCCUUUGCUCUUUGCCUUCAGUAAUUGUGUGCAAACUUACACAGCCACUUUUCCUUAACAGCUGUUGUAAAGGUUUAUUACUUUAUGUACAACUGAAGUUUUUAGUUUUGAUAAUAUAUUCUUUGGAAUGUUAUUAAUAUCAGAUCCGGUCAGUUAAACACCAUUUAGAACUUCCUUGAGCCAUUGUUAAUCAUUCCUUAUUUUCUUGCUAAGCCUCUUUUAUGUAAAUUUAAGUGUGCAAAUUGUUUAAGGCACAUUAUGUAUUUUUCAUUGUAAGCUACUAAAACCUUUUCAUCAGA